GAUCGGCGUCCGUGGUUUCGGCGGUUCGUCCUGAAGUGACCAAUUCGUGGCUAAGUUACGCGUUUUUUUCACUUUCUUGUCCUGUUCAUUUGCUCUCUGUCCUUGUGUGUUUUCUGCGUGUUCAUAGUAUUUACCCAUUAUGGCUCGAAGUCACGUCUACGGACAACGGAAACGUAAGAAGAAGGACUUUGCGAAUUUACGUGGUAGAGGCAGGCAUGUGACGGAGCCUGCGGAUUUGAGAGAUUUUGGUAAUGCAGGAUGCUCCAGCCGUGCUGUUCCCAGUGAUCGUUGCACUUCGACGACUCCACAUCGCGCAGAUACCCUUGUAGGCUCAACCUUUGGUGGUAGUGUUGUUCCUCAAACUGUAAGUGGUGCCGGUCGGAAUGCUUGUUUCGCUUCGAGCACAAGCGAAAUUCGUCCUUCAAAUUCGUCAUUUGCUGAUUCAGCUGAGGUAGAUAAUGUAGUCCCCUGCAGUUCAGGUUGUGACGAGCUUGCCGGUUCCAGAGCAAGUCCCGUUCCAAUCACUGCCGCUGUUACACCCAGUCGAUCUUCAUCUUUCGAUACUGGCAAUGUUCACCAGACACAGAGUCAGCGCACAAGCAGUGUGAAUGGUCGGCGUAUAGUGGAGAUUGAUCACUUCUUCUCGUCUUUGCAAAGUUUGUCGGUACAUAGUCCGUUUGGUUGCGGCCUGGCUGACAUGGAAAUUGUAUCAGAACAUCGGCGAGGUCUGUGUAGCUCUUUGAGUUUGAAGUGCAGGAUGUGUCUGAGGAAAGAUGUAGUCACAACAGAGGCACCAGUUGAUCAACUUGUUCAACAACGCAUGGACGUCAAUUCCUCAGCAGUGAACGGUAUCGUGUCUAUAGGUUCUGGUUUCUCAGGCCUUCGCGAGCUCCUAGGUGCUCUGGACAUACCCGGCAUGGCUGGUAGCACGUACAGUAAGUAUCAGGAUAUUGUUGCUAAAGGAAUCGACGAAACAGCUUGGGAAGAAAUAAGAAAAGCAGGCAUUGAGGAAGCUCGGUUAGCUAGGGAGGCUGGGGACGUCGAUGCUGACGGUUUUCCUAUAAUUACGGUCGUUGCCGAUGGUGCUUGGUGCAAACGUUCAUACAAGAACAAGUACGACGCUCUUUCUGGCUUGGCUGUAAUUGUUGGGUACCGCACAAAGAAAGUACUGUUCCUAGGCGUCCGGAACAAAUUUUGUACACUGUGCGCAAGUUCCAAGGCAGGGUCGAGCCCAAAAAAGCAUCUGUGCUUCAAGAACUGGGACAGCAGCUCUACCAGUAUGGAGAAGGAUAUCGUCGUUGAAGGCUUCAGGCGCAGCAUUGAGUUGCACGGGGUAAAGUACUUGCAGUUGAUCGCUGACGGUGAUUCGAGCACAUACAAGUCAAUUCUUGAAGCUGCACCGUACCAGCAUCAGGUAGUUCAGAAGGUAGAAUGUCGCAACCACCUUCUUCGAAACUAUGUAAGUCGUCUUCGAGAUGUUGCUUUGGCAAAGAGAACAACCCCCAUUCCCCCAUCGUUGAAGAAGCUACUUCUGGAUAAUGCUGUUCGACUAAGAGUUGGAGUUGCUAGGGCUAUUCACUAUCGCAAAGAGCAGGCCGAGUUCAGCAAACAAGAUCAGAUUCGGAACCUGGUGGCUGAUAUCCGUAAUGGGCCACUCCAUGUGUUCGGCGACCACGCAAAAUGUGCGGGUUACUUUUGCAGUGGUCCAAAAGAAGGGGAAGUCAAUCACGUCCCAGAGCUCAGGAAAUGCGGACUUUUCAAUGAAAUCCUUGUAGCGAUGAGUCGUUUGGCAAACAAUGGUAGCAGCUUGAUCCUUGACGUUAACAAUAAUGCUGCAGAACAUUUCAAUUCUCUCGUUGCAAAGUUUUCUGGCGGUAAAAGAAUAAACUUUUCCCAGAGGGGAUCAUUCGGAAUGCGGGCUUCAGGAGCUGUCGUGUCUUUCAACUCUAAGCAGUACCAUCGUGCUCUACAUAAGGCAGUGUACAACACCAGCCCUGGGAAGUAUGCAAAAAUUAUGCUGAAGCGUAAAGCAGCUGUUCGUGCUGCUUGCAUAAGGCAUCGGAGUUCUGGGGCUGCUCGCUGUAAGCGUUCACUUGAAGGUGCGCCUUGCAAGCGUGCUUCCAGCGACAACCACUAUGGUUCCAUAGUGGAUGCUCCAGACAUGAACCACGAUGACUAUGUUGAAGCUGCUGCGGCGUACAAGGAUUCCCUUGUGCUCUCCCAACCAGAUGCAGAGCAGCUCGAGGCUGAUACUCGAGGUCAAGAAGGGAGAACUUUGUGGAUGCAGGAGAGGCGAAAGCGACUCACCGCUUCUAAUUUUGGCAAGGUAUGCAAGAUGCGAGAUGCAACGAGCAGUGCAAGUACUGUUCGUUCCUUGCUCUAUGGUCAUUUUGACACUGAGGCUCUCCGAUAUGGUCGCGACACUGAGCCCAUUGCAAUUGCUAAGCUGCAGGAUGAGUUAGGGGUGACUGUUUCACCAUGCGGCCUUGUUGUUGAUCAGGAGUUUGCAUACCUUGCUGCAACACCUGAUGGGCUUGUCGGUGAUGACACUGUCGUGGAAGUGAAGUGCCCUUAUUCGGCUCGGCCCCUUACCCCUGUGGAGGGAGUGCGGGCAAAAAAAAUCACCUUUUGCACUAUUGAUAACUCUGGUAAUAUUUCGUUGAAGGAAAACCAUGACUACCACUAUCAGGUGCAGGGACAGCUCCACAUCACUCGACGUCAGUUUUGUCUUUUUGUGGUAUAUUCUGGCGAGGAAAUUUUUGUCCAGAAGAUCGAGAGAAAUGAUGGCUUCUGGAGCAAAAUGAUUGGCCACCUUCAACUGUUCUACUCGCAUAGCCUUCUACCGGAGUUGGUUGACCCUCGUCAGUCCCGUGGGCUGCAGCUCAGAGAUAACAAGAAGAGUGACCAUCAGGUUGCCUCGCUCUGUGAUGCCGCCAAAACAACUUCCAAUCAGGGCGAUUCAUCCAGAAAGAGACGGAAGACUGGUAAAGAUAACUCACCUGCCGCUGUUCUGUAAUUAUGGCUAGACUGUGGAUUUACG